AUGAGUCAUGCAAUAAAACCCGUGAGACUCUGAAAAUUAUAAAAAAAUUGGAUCGGAUCCCCCGGUGCAGCGACAACAACUCAAUUAUUCGAGUGAUUUUUCUCCGAGGGCUUGCAGCAUAAGGAGGGGAUCAGCAGGAGGUACUUUGCUCGGCGCAGGUCCGAAAGAGGUUGAAGUUGCUCGGCCAUCGGUGUUGCGACGCACCCGGUUGUCAAACUUGCUCCCGAAAAGAAUAGAAUCGAACCGCAAAAGAGGAAAAAAACGGUGAAACUCGAGGGUAUUGGAGUAACAGUGAAAGUGUGAAGAGUACUUCGGGUGGGGCGAUUGGUUUGGGAAAUUCAAUCAAUUUGUUUUGAGACAAUGUAUUGAUUUGUUGGGUGACUGUCGUCGGUUGGAGGAAAAAAGGAACAGCAGAUUGUUGGGAUUGAGUUCGAUUUCGUGGAGUUGUUGGAGGUAUUCGACAUGGAGGACGAUCUUCCCACUGAGUAUGAUGUCGUCGUCGUGGGAACAGGGAUGACUGAGUCCAUCGUGGCUGCUGCUGCUAGUAGGAUCGGCAAGAAAGUACUCCAUCUCGACAGUAACGAAUAUUAUGGAGGUUUAUGGGCGACCUUCAACUUCGACGGUCUUCAGAAAUGGAUUGAAGACCUCAAAGCCUCGAAAUCAGGAGGGGAUGCCAGUGUGGAAGUAGAGGCUGGUGAAAAGUUUUUAAAAGCCAGUAAUCAAUAUUCAACGGUGGAGAAUAUCGAUGAAACGUGGUUCAUACCCAACGAUGCAGAGCUGCCAAGUCUCUCGACCAAAGAGUCCCAAACGGAGAGUGAAGCCGAUGAGAAAGAGAAGAGCGACGAUGAAAAAUCGGAGCACAAAGAGACGACGAAGCACUGGACAAUCGACCGAAUAAAGAAGGAAUACCGAAGAUUCAACAUCGAUCUAGCCCCAAAGCUCCUCUUCGCCCGAGGCGAGCUGGUCGAGCUCCUAAUCUCCAGCAACAUAGCCCGUUACGCCGAAUUUCGUGCUGUCUCAAGAGUGGCAACCUUCAUGGAUGGAAAACUCACACAAGUACCUUGCUCCCGAGCGGACGUAUUCGCCAACAAAACAGUGAGCGUUGUGGAGAAGAGAAUGCUGAUGCAACUGCUGAUAUCCUGCAUGGAGCAGGGAGCAGAGAGUCCUGAAUUCGAUGGCUACCGUGACAAGACAUUCCUGGAGUACCUCAACACCAAGAGCCUGACACCAAUGGUGAAGCACUACGUGAUGCAGGCGAUAGCGAUGGCCACUGACAAGACAUCCUGUCGUGAUGGAGUCAUUCGCACAAAGCACUUCCUCAACAGUCUCGGCAGAUACGGUAAUACCCCAUUCCUGUGGCCCAUGUAUGGAAGUGGUGAAUUGCCCCAGUGUUUCUGUCGACUGUGCGCAGUAUUCGGUGGUGUCUACUGUCUCAAACGUCAAUUGGACGGAAUAGUCGUCAGUGAGGACAAGUGCAAGGCGAUUAUCAGUGGAAAACAGCGACUUGCAUUGGAGCAUUUGGUGGUGGGACAGGGGCACUUGCCACCGGAAAUCGUCGAGUCCCCUGGCGAGCACAAAAUCUCUCGUGGAAUAUUCGUCACAGACAGGUCUAUCAUGCAGGGAGAGAAGGAGAAUCUCACUCUUCUGUACUAUCCACCUGAGGAGAGUGGCCAGGAGCCAGUGACUCUCAUCGAACUGGGACCAUCCACCAAUGCCUGCCCUCAGGGCCUAUUCAUGGUACACAUGACAUGCAAGAGAACCUCGUCUGCUAGGGAGGACUUGGCGUACGUAGUCAAGAAAUUCCUCGCUGCCAAUGCACUGGAGCCCAAUGUCGUUCCUUAUCCCACUGAUGUUCACACUCAGACUGCUCCUGAGAAGAGCCAUCUGCAGGAGGGGGACGACGAGGGCAAGGACAAACAGCUGGAUCACCUCAAGCCUCAUGUCCUCUGGUCUAUGUAUCUUAAUCUACCUGCUAGUGACAUUAAACUCAGUGACUCUGCACCCAAGAAUGUGCAUUUGUGCUCUGGACCUGAUCUAGAUCUUGAUUUUGAUUUUGCUGUUAAUCAGGCGAAGGAAAUUUUCAAGACUAUGUACCCAGACGAAGACUUUCUCCCUCGUGCCCCUGAUCCUGAGGAAAUCGUCCUCGAGGGAGACGAAACCCCUGGCCCCAAGUUUGAGGACGUACCGGAGGCUGAGAAGGACGCCGAUAAGGAGGAAUAAAUAGUUUCUUCGGUCUUUUAAUAAGAAUAAGAGAAAACAGAUGGAUGAAAAAAGCAGGUUGCUUUUUUGCGAUUUCCAAUUUGCUACACCAAACCAACACACAGGAAACAUGAAUGAGGAAUGGCCUGCAUUCUUAAUGUCUUUACCGUUAUCAUCGUUUCACCUCGUGCAUUUUUUAGUUGAGGAUCCCAUCGUUUUAGUUUUUCUUUCGGGCGUCGAGGGGGUUUUAAAGAGAUGAAAUGUGAGUAGUUAUUGAAUUGUUUUGGUUUGUGGAGUAAUUAGCUUGCACAAAAAGCCCUUUAGCAGUUUAAAAAUGUCAGGGAUUGACGUUUAUUUGAAGAGAGUUGUCAGACAAGAUUGAGUAAAGGGUGUAUGAAACAUAUUAAAAUGUUCAAAUUUUUUUUACUCAAUUUUGAUAUUUUUUUGGAAAUGAUGACAUUAAAAACGGAGAAUAAUUCUGCGAUGUGAAGUCUUAAAACGUAACAGGAGUCGAUUGUUCAUGCCUUGUUGAAUACAAUCCUUUUGAUAACGGAAGAAUAACGAUUUUUAUUUUUAUUCAACGAUAAAAUGGGGAACGAAAGAUUUUCUUUAACAUUGUUUUUUAUAAAAAAUAUAAUUGACUUGUGCUGUUUCGUUUUACCACUUCAUUUUCGAAGGUCAGAGAUUGAUGUUUAUUUGAAGAGAGUAAGCACACAAAAUUGAGUAGAGAAUGUAUAGAACAUUUCAAAAUACUUCAAACGGAGGAUUUACUGCUAAUUUACAUUUUUGUACUCAAUUUUGAUAUUUUUUGGAAAUGGUCACAUCAAAGGUGGAGAAUAAUUCUUAUUCGCGUUUCGUUGAAUAACGAUUUUGAUUUUCAUUCAACGAAAAACUGGAACGAAAAAUUUACUUUGAGAUUAUUUUUCUUAUAAAAAAUAUAAUUGACCUGUUCUGUUUCGUUUUACCCCUUCAUUCGUGAAUUGCUGAUGGAAUUAAUGUGAGAAAAACAGCCUAACCAUUACAUUCGCAUCAUUAGUUCUCCGGAAUGAUCAGUAACUGUUCAAAUCCCGAUCAUUCCAAUCUUCGAAAAAUUGAUAAACAAUUUUGUACGAAAAAUUGAUUUAAUUUUCUUGAACUAUCAAGUGGGGCUGUGAUGAGAGAAAAUUCCCCUCAAAGAUAAAUCGACAAUUGCUGAUCAAUCUAAUCAUAUUCAAUUGGAAAUUGUCACACCGUACUAAUUACCCUAUCUCCCCGAUUGUAAUUGAAGACAUAAAGAUACAAUUAUCGUUAAUUAUCGAUUAUCACUAAAUAGGAGAGCUUCUGUGUUGUAUCAUGCAUAGAACAGACUUAUUCGACAAUAUACAUUCAACUGCAUGGGCAAUUUCUUUUAUUUCAGUUCGAAAAGGAAACAUACUGCCGAAUUAUCAAUCAAUUUCGUUAAUUGAGGAGGAGGGAAACGCUUUGUUUAUGUUUUGUGCUUCAAUAAAAUAAAGACUUGUCUCUAUUCA